GUCUGAGGUCAGCAAAUCGCUUCAACCCAGGAGCGAUGGUGAUCGCGUCCCUACAGUCCAGUCUGUGGACACUCUAGUACCUUCAAGAUAAUACAGCCUGAUUACAGAAGCUUUACAGCAACUCUUGAAGUCAGGAGAUCGCACGUGGCAGCACUGGGGCAGAAGACCCUGAGAAGCAUGUGCCCUCCAGAGCUACCCAGAGGCUGUUGGCUGUAAGUUCUAUGUGGCCCCCACCUUGGACGGCCUGGUAAACAGGUGACCCUUCAGCCAGGUCCUCAGGCAGGGCAGAACACCCUCUCGAGUCCCUGCCCAGACAGCCAGGGGGCCCCUUGUCCUCUCUUCAGCCCACCUUUGCAGGUGGGACCAGUUCAGCCCAAAGCCCCUGUGCCUCCGUUUUCCUGUGGGUUGAAUGGGGAGAAUGAGGUGUUGAGGGCCUGGCUCAGACGGAGGGGUUUCCUGAGCACGGGGGAACAUGUUUCCUCAGGCCUGUGGAGGGAGGGAGGGCAGGGCGGCCUGGCUGGCCCUGGGAAGCACAGAGGAGCCUACUGGUGCCAGGGAAGAGACUGAGAAGAGAAGGGAGGCCCGUCCCUGCCUGCUUCUGUCUCAAGAAGGCUGAUGCCAUUUCCUCUGAUGAAAUCCUGUCUUCCUGCCCCCAUGCCCCACGGCCCCUUAGCUGGAGGGGCCACCUCACCCUGGAGAGGGUUGGCAGAGCCUCCUACGGAGGGAGCCCUGUAGGCCACCAAAGCUUCCCGCUCCAGUGACCACCCCAGGCAAAGGCCAGCAGAAACCCGUUAGAGAUGGGCCCAGGACUGGGUGCGGGGUGCCCACUGUUGCUCUGAGCCUUCACUUCCUUCUGUGUCCAAGGAAGCUUCUGGAUCAGCCAAGGGCUCAGGUGUGUGGAGGGAAUGACCUGAGGUGCUGUAUGAAGGGAUGGCCUCCUGUCCUGCACUCAGAAGUUGAGGCCCAGAGAUUGUGCCCUUCAGCCAGGCCCAGACAUCUGGGUAGAGGGAGCUCCAGUCCUGGAACUGCCACUGCAAGUCACGUGGCCUGGGGCAGGCCUUCUUGGAGCCCUGUCUCUGCCUGCAUAGGAUGGGGAGGUCAGAGGGGAGCCUGCAGAUCCAGUCUCACGUCUAGUGGGUGAAGGGGUGGCCUCCAGAAGAACCAGUCUGUGUAGGGGACCAUCAGCCCCCUCACCCCUUGAGCAAGGUCGUGGUCCCUGCACCAAGGGAGCGGGCCUGGGAUGGGAAGAGGCCAGCUGGGCCCUGGUGGUGCCUGGGGACUGCAUGGGAGUCCCUGCCGGGGAGGGAGAGGGACAGAGGACAAGCUGGGGACUCUGGUGCUUGGGCUGGGUGGGGUCUGAGCGCCUGUGACCUCCACCAGCUUCCUCCUCCUAGUCCUCCCUGAGGACUGAAUCUGGGACACAGAAGGGCAGAGAUUCAGGCCUGCCUUUCCUCUGCCUGAAAGAGCCUGUGCUGACCCUGGGCAGAGAAGGAUGAGAAGUGAGGCUGAGUGAGGUGGGGCUGCAGGGAUCCAGGUGGGAGGGGCCCAGCCAACCAAGGUCAGGCCCCGCCCCUCAGCAGGAGGAUGGGCACUGGGGCCCUUGGGCAGGGCUGACUUGACACUGACCACAAGGGAGGCCCUUUUGCAAUAAGGGAAAAGAAGCCAGAUGGAUAAAGGAAGUGUUGGUCACCCUGGAGGUACACGGGUUUGGGGAAGGUUCCCGGCCCCCACAGCCCUCUGCGGAGCCUGAGCCCGGCUCCCCCCACUCACCUCAACCCCCAGGCGGCCCCUCCACGGGGCCCCUCUCCUGCCUGGACGGCUCUGCUGGUCUCCCCAUCCCCUGGAGGAGAGCAAGGCCAUGGGCCGGCCCCUGCUGCUGCCCCUGCUGCCCCUGCUGCUGCUGCCAGCAUUUCUGCAGCCUGGUGGCUCCACGGGAUCCGGUCCAAGCGGCCCUUUUGGGGUCACCCAACCAAAACACCUCUCAGCCCCUAUGGGUGGCUCCGUGGAAAUUCCCUUCUCCUUCUAUCACCCCUGGGAGUUAGCCACAGCUCCCAACAUGCAAAUAUCCUGGAGACGGGGCCACUUCCACGGGCAGUUCUUCUACAGAACAAGGCCAGCUUUCAUUCACAAGGAUUACUCGAACCGGCUCUUUCUGAACUGGACAGAGGGUCAGGACCACGGGCUCCUCAGGAUCUCGAACCUGCGGAAGGAGGACCAGUCUGUGUAUUUCUGCCGAGUCCAGCUGGGCACACGGAGAUCAGGGAGGCAGCAGUGGCAGUCCAUCGACGGGACCAAACUCACCAUCACCCAGGCUGUCACGACCACCACCCAGAGGCCCAGCAGCAUGACCACCACCCGGAGGCCCAGUAGCGCAACCACCACAGCCAGCCUCAGGGUCACACAGGGCAAACGACACUCAGACUCUUGGCACCUAAGUCUGAAAACUGCCGUGGGGGUGACAGUGGCUGUCGCUGUGCUUGGAAUCAUGAUUUUGGGACUGAUCUACCUUCUCAGGUGGAGGAGAAGGAAAGUCCCCCUACAGGUCAGCAGCGGACUAAAGCCACAACCCCAGCCAGGGAACCCUUCCAAAACACAGAGGAGCCAUAUGAGAAUAUCAGGAAUGAAGGACAAAAUACAGAUCCCAAGCUAAAUCCCAAGGACGACGGCAUCGUCUAUGCCUCCCUUGCCCUCUCCAGCUCCACCUCACCCAGAGUACCUCCCAGCCACCAUCCCCUCAAGAGCCCCCAGAACGAGACUCUGUACUCUGUCUUAAAGGCCUAACCGAUGGACAGCCCUCUCAAGACCGAACAGUGAGGCCAGGCACAGUGGCGCAGGCCUGUAAUCCCAGCUACUCUGAAGCCUGAGGCAGAACAGAAUGAGCCCAAGAGUUCAGCGCCAGCUUUGAUAAUGGAGUGAGAUGCCAUUGCUAGUUAAAAAUGUAUAUCAACAAUAAAGUAACAAAUUUAAAAA